AUGACCGCUGGCAACGGUUACUCCGGUGUGUGUCCGCGCACCGGGCGCACUCUGUGGGAUGGGGUGCGUAACUUCGAUUUUUGGGCCGUAGAACUCGGCGUCGGCCUUAAGAACGUAAUUGAUGGCUGGAAUGUCAGUACAACGCAUUGGCUUCGUGAAGUCUUCUAUAACCGGGCGCCCAACAGUUGUCGUACUUUAAUCGUCUUUAUAUCUUCUGCCUUCUGGCAUGGAUUCUAUCCCGGUUACUACGUGAUGUUCCUCACAUUUGCCCUUUUUACAUUCGCAAGCCGCGCCUGGCGUCGUGAGAUGCGAAUACGUUGUCGGCCAACGCCCUUGGCUGCACGUGUCUACGAUGCCAUAACUUUGACAUUGACCUACACUGCACGUAACUAUGCUGAGGCACCGUUCCAUCUGUUGGAGUUGGCUGUCAGUUUGCGCUUUCUACGGCUCUUCUCUUUUUUGCCCCACGUUGUCGGCCUAGCGGUGCUCAUUUUCCUCGGCGGUUGUCUCCAAUGGCGCAGCAUAUGCUCGAGUUGCCUGCCGUCAUCAGCUCGAGGCAAGGCACACUCGAAGACCUCACCCGAGGUGCGCGGCGGCUCUGUCAAUCGUCGCGGUCAGACUCCCCCUGCACCUUUACAAACGCCUGCAAUUACGGCCGUACCAGCGGUCUCAUUAUCCACACUCAACAUGUCUGGCCACACAAAUGUUCACGGGUUUAAUCACACGGGGACCUUUUCGGUACCUGUGCCGGCUAGUACUACUCCCACCAGCACCAGUACACACCAGCCAGCUGGUGAUGAAUCCCGACUGGCUUAUAAGGUGCUUGCUCAAACGCAUCCGAUGCAAACUGGCCUUGUACACAUGCAGCCUCCAAGACGUAGCGCCUGA